AUGAGUUCUUCAUCAAGCUCUCGCGAACCUUCACCAUCUAUGAAACAAACUUUACCAAACGAUUAUGGAGCACCUAUUGAAUAUUUCUUACGAGCUGCACAAUGGCAAAGAGCAGUCUCACCAAGGUUAGGUGUUCCACCAGCUCCUGUCAAAAAUAGCAUUUGGUCAAGUCCUUAUAUAAAAUAUGGUCUCCCACUAGGUUUGCUAGCUACAGCAGGAGCAGUUAUGAUGUUGAAAAGAAAUAAAGCAAAUGUUGUAAAUAAUACUGAAGUAGCUGAAGUUAAACAAACUCCAACACCUUCACAAGCAAAACCUUCAAUGACUCCUGAACCUAUGGAAGUACAAACUCCUGUUCAAAAGUCAACUCCUAAACCGACUCCAACAUUUAAACCAGAACCUACUCCUCAAAUAAAUCGUAAAACUCCUGCGUUUCCUUACUGA